AAUUGACUCAGUUUCAGCCCAGCCCGAGCCACAAGCACCCGCGGGCCGCGUCCUCCUAUAUAAGGAGAUCUUGCAAAAUCGUCGCACAUUCGAACAUCAACCUGUCCAGGAAGUCAUCCUUUUGCAAUUCAUUCACACAUCAUGUUUUUAUUUCUGGUCCUCGGAGCAGUUCUGACGCAAUGUUGGGCGAGCCCUGCAGUGGCCGGGCAGGCGAAACCGCAGGUUAUACACUACGAGAUGCAAACGGCCGAUAUGCCCAACUCCUACAAUUUCUAUUACGACACGAGCGACGGCUCAUCACGGACGGAGCACGGCGCCAUCCUGAACCCCGGCACGGACCAGGCGGCGCUCGACGUACUGGGCACGGUGCGCUGGUACGACAACAAGGGACAGCUGUACGAGAUGUCCUACAAGGCUGGCAAGAGAGGCUACAGGACGGUCAUCAAGAAAGUCAAGCAACGCUAACGAAGCUUAGGAGCCCACAGCUUCCCAGAGCCUGGGUUUUUUCGUUUUAGGAAAAGUUACUCGAUAACGUCACGACAAAUAACAUUUAUUGUCAGAAAGUGAACAGCAUCCCUAAACGGUUACUCUAACUAAAACCAGAAAUUGGUAACAAUUCAACAACGUAUUCAAAAACGGCUAAAACUCGUGGUAGCGAUUUACUUCGCCGGUCCGCUCUGUCAGCUAUUUCCCACUUUUACCUGCUGAUAUUGUCAGGCGACAAGGGUACCCAGCCAACGUCACUAUCACUUCCGGUAAUAUCGUUAUCUUGGUACCCUAGUUAUGUUACCCUUUACUGUUAGUCAAUUUUGUCGUUCCAGAAUCAUUUUCUACAUAGUAAUUAAUUAAUUAUUGAAAAGAGAAACGACAGAUUAAAUAAAAUUUGCUGCAAAAAACUAUUGCCAAUUAAUUUAGAUAGAUAUGAUAUUAAUAGCAUGUUAAGACGAUACAGGAGCGAAAAUGCUAAAAAGGAAAAACUUUCAAAUUAGAAAUUUUAGUUAAAUAUAGUAAUGUUAUUAAUUAGAUUAUACGAAAACAAAUUGUCCAUUAAGAACAACUCAGUUAAAAGAUAUUCGAAUAUAUUUUUAUUCCAUUCGGCGUCGAGACCCUUGGUCCGUGGGGCCCUAGCGCUCUGAGUCUCUUCAAGGACUUAUCGAAGA